GGCGCACCGAGUAACGGCAAUUCUAUCCGUGAAUUAAAGGGAAAGAGUAGUGCUGUUCUCGGACUGUUCUAUCGAGUCCGGGAAAAUAGACAAUGGAAGGGACGCUAUAUAAGUGGACGAACUACCUGAGUGGCUGGCAGCCGCGCUGGUUUGUCCUGGAUGGAGGAACGCUGUCCUACUAUGACUCCCAGGGAGAAGCAGGGAGAGGCUGCAAGGGCCACCUGCAGAUCUCUGCCUGUGAAAUACAGGUGCACCCCUCGGACAGCAGGAGGGUGGACCUGGCAGUCCCGGGGCAGCAGUGUUUCUACCUCCGAGCGUUCAACACUGCAGAGAGGCAGAAAUGGCUGGUCGCCAUGGGAACGGCCAAGGCCUGCCUGACGGACAAUAGGACCAAGAUGGAGAAAGAGCUGCAGGAGAAUGCGGAGGCCCUGAAGGCUAAGAUGGCUGAGCUGCGUCUCUAUGGUGACCUCCUGUGUGAGCUCGUGGGCCGGAUCAGAGAGGAGCCCUCCACUGCAGUACAGGUGAGCCACCAGCAGAGGGAGCCAUGGAGCCAUUCACCCACCCUGGGACCCUGGACUGAGGAAGAGGAUGACGAAGAGCAGGUGGAAGUGCAGAGUAGUGAGGACCCUCCCUCAUGA